ACUGGCUGUGUAAAUGCUCUAAGGUGCGUGAUUGGAAGUUCUGUUGGAGAUUUCAAACGAAGGGGGAAAAAAAAAAAGCCUUGCGUUGCAAUACCAGCAUCAACCAGACCCAAUCUCCAUCUAAUAUGGCCCAUUGAAUUAUACUGACAGUUCACAGUUGGUCACGAUCAGGGCGCUUGCUAGCAUCCGGUUCUGAUGAUACAUACUUGAACAUUUAUUCCUACCAGCCUGAAUCAUCGACGUCUCCCUUUUCGCUGAGCACGUCCAUAUUCACCGGGCACAAAGCCAAUAUCUUCUCCGUCAAGUUUAUGCCCCACUCAAAUGACCGGACCCUCAUCACUUGUGCAGGAGAUUCUGAGGUUCGCAUUUUCGAUGUCGAAUAUUCUCUACAGAAUCAGAACGGCACUUCUGCUGCAACGAAUGGAGCUGCGUCGCUCAGAACUAGACGCCUGACUGACUUUUUCACUGGAGUCCGCUAUCUGACAACCCACAACACCAAUACCCGUGUCUAUCGUUCUCAUGCAGACCGUGUCAAGAGAAUCGUAACCGAGUCAUCUCCUUAUCUAUUUCUAACGUGCUCAGAGGACGGUGAAGUGCGCCAAUGGGAUUUGCGUCAGCCAUCUUCAGCUUAUCCGGCGCCUCAGGGUGGCCAGGGUUUUAUGGCCUAUCGACCUGGUAUCCAUCAUAAUGAUACCAAUGUCCCGCCCCCUUUGAUAUCAUAUAAACGAUACCAUCUCGACUUGAAUACCAUAUCUUGUUCUGCAAGCCAGCCACACUACAUUGCAUUAGGAGGCGCACAUCUGCAUUGUUUCCUUCAUGAUCGUCGCAUGGUGGGGCGCGAUCUACUUGCUGAGAAGGGCCAAUCAGGUGAUUUUUCUCCCAUAGAAAACAGCCACGGCGACGAAGCUAUGAGCAGCGCAACAAGAUGUGUCCGAAGAUUCGCUCCACGUGGACAGAGAAAAAUGAAAGCCCAAGAUAAUGGCCAUAUUACGGCGUGUAAAAUCAGUGACGCUCGUCCGAACGAAAUCGUAGUAAGCUGGUCCGGUGACCACAUCUAUAGUUUUGACCUGGUCCGCAGUCCCGAUGCCCGGGAAACUGAAACGAAAGAUGCCACGUACAUAAGGUCUAGAACGAGGAAACGUAAGCGUGGGAAUAUCCCCUCCUCGACUUCUCUCAACAGCCCAAAUAGACACCAGUCUCGCAGGAGAUCUGAGGACCUCGGUGUGGACGACCCAGAAGUAUCCAUUCAUAUCCGUUACGGCAAUGGAGAUUCCGAAAACAUUCCUAUUUCAAUGGGCAACGAAUCAUUUUCUAAUGCCCCAGAGGAAGCCAUUGAACGAGCACGCACUUCUGUCCUCAACGAAGCUCAAAAACUUAGCCAUGAAAUCGCCAAGGGGCUGGUUAAAUUACGAAAAGCGCUAUUUUCUAUUGAGGGAUCAAUUCGUGAAACCACCCAAUCAGAGCGGCAUUACGAUAUAGCGUCGUAUGAACCUUCCUUUACUUCGGCACUGGGGCACGCUUGCGACUGUCUCGUUCCGAUGGAUAAGAUUCAAAGAUCGUGGAGAUAUCCCAUGAACCCUACGACGGAUGAUGUCAUUCUACAACAGACUCUUAGACGAAAUCGGGAGUCGACUCGAAGAUUCGUUCAAGCAUCAGGAACUUUGGCUACUUUCUUGGGAGGCCAAAUUGAGGGUUAUGGUGAUGAACCUGAAAAUGUACAGACAGACUUGUUUUCAACCAUCGUUCCUGCGCCAUCGGAGGAUGGAAUGAUUGACACAGAGUCUCAGUUUGGUUAUGAUUUUCUCAAAGCCGUCCUUCUUUGGCUUGGCGGAGGCCGCGAUGCUCUUGUGGAAGGAUUCAAAUUGGGCAACAACUCGCCGCGAAAUCGAAAGCGAUUCCCGAUCCCUGAGCAUGGAGAUGACCGCUCAAUCGAGGAUCAUCUCAUCCCUUACCUUCAAGAUCUAGCUGGAUCUUCUCCUAUUGUGGACGUUGAUGCUUCUCGGUUUGAGCAUGAUGAAGCACGUAUCCUAUUCCUGACACAACAGGACGCUGUCACUGCUUUUGAAAAAGCGGUCCAGCUAUCUUUAGAAGAUUUAGAUGGUGCAGCUGCUUGGGACGAAGAGAAUGAAUUUUCGGAACGUGUUGUACGUGCUUUGAAUGGAAAUGCUGCCAAGAAGUUUUGGGGUCUUCGGGUUGGCCGAGGCUUGCUCAUGAGUGUAGGUGAAGGCAUCAACUUCGAAUUUGUCAACCGUGCAUUUGGCGGUUUGAGAGCGGUUGUAGAAGAGGACGACGAUGAGGAUGACCAACGCGAGCGUAUGCAAGAGGAUAUUGAUCCGGAAGAGGACGAGGAUGUGGUCGAGGAAGUCCGUCUAGUCUCCAACCGACGGAGGGCAAAUCUAGACGGCUCCGAAACGGCGAACGCAAUGUUUUUCGACGGACAUUCGAAUAUCUCCUUACAUGGGAUUGAAGAUAUUGAAAUGGAUGGCAACAACUCUAGCGAGAGUGAUAACGAUGACGACGAUCACGAUAGUGAAGAAAAUGAUGACGAUGAUGAAGAGGGUGAGGAAGAUGAAUACUUUUUCAGACGCGGUAGCUUUCCAACCAGCCGAUUUCGAGAAGGCGUCAAUAUUAACGUUCCAUGCGGCACCCAUGAAAAUAUUUACCGUGGACAUUGCAACAUCAAGACUGUAAAGGAUAUCAAUUAUUAUGGAAUGGAUGAUGAGUAUGUGGUCAGUGGGAGUGAUUCAGGGCAUGUUUUCAUCUGGGACCGGAAAACUGCCAAAUUGGUCAAUAUUCUUGAGGGUGACAGUGAAGUUGUCAACGUUGUACAAGGUCACCCCUAUGAACCGACCCUCGCUGUAUCCGGAAUAGACAACACCAUCAAAAUCUUCUCACCUGACAGACGUUUGCAGUCUGAUGCACGCUACGGUAUCAACAUUUUGAACCCGGACAACCCAGCUAAUAUGUUCGGAAGUCGCCCACGUAAUAGUGCAGGUGGCUCGCAGGUUUUUGGCUUGCGUAGCUGCAAGAGAUUAAAAGAUAGUUACCAAAUAAUGAGCCAGAAUGAUGUAGAUCGACAGGGCGGCAUGAGUGAUGCUUACAUAACGAGAAGCAUGUUGACUCGCCUCGCUCAAUCGCUACGACAACGACAUACGACGGGAGGCACAAAUCCCCCCGUGGACACCGGCGAAGGUACUACUAUAGUGCUCGACGAAAACUGCACUAUUAUGUGAGCUCAGUCCUACCGAUCUGAAUCAAGCCACUCGGUUUUUGGUUGUUAUGGCCGGCAACGCUGGAAUCUGUCCUAUAUUAUCAGGAUAAUUAAUUAUUUGCAUUGAUCUAACUGAUCCUACUAAACAAAGCAUGGCAUGCGUGAAUAACGGAUUUAUUGUGGACUUCUACCGAGGCAGGCUGGAAACUAGGAUUAACAUAUUUGGGAAAGUGAUAGUAUCAAAUUGCAAAACGUGCAUAUAUAAUUUAUUUUGAGUGAGCGAAGGAGCACCUAGUUUCAAUAUCUAUAGAGAAUAAUACCUGGUCUCCUUCAAUGUUCCUUUGGGGAAUAUGUGCUUCCUAUUAGGUUGCUGUACAGCUCUAUAUUGAGAAAUUCCAACCAAUCACAAG